CUGACAACGCCUGCCAAAAUCAAGGGGCCGCAGUGGCAUAUUGAAUAAAGUCACGUCGUCAGUUCACAAGACAUCAGGGACAUAAACAGUCCUAGCCUGCUAAGAGCUCACUUGAACUUUGGUGAAAGGAGCCUUUAGAAGAAACAAUCAGUCGUUUAAACCACAAAACCUAAAGAUGAGUGAAGACGGCUUGUGUGAGAAGUUUGUGUCAAUGAUCUCCAGGAAAAGAAGGUCUGAUGAAGACAUUGACGCUCUCUCUGGUUUAACACACAAGUUUCCUAAAGUAAUCCAAACCUUCUCUCAUGAGGAUCUCCUCAAGAUCACCGCGUUCUACAAGCCCUACCUGGCCUAUGUGAUUGAAUACGACAUCACGAGUAUCCUGCAGAACCUGGCCACCAAGAACAUCCUCACCAACGAUGAAGCCAAGAGAUUCAAAGCCAAAGAAAAGUCUGAGGGGCGAGCAGGCGUGGAGUCCGUCAUCAGUGACAUAAUGAAGAUGGACAGUGUGGUACUGGUGAGCCUCUGGGAGGCGCUGGCUGAAGAACUUGCGAGAUUUCCAUCUCCAAACCUGACAAGAAUACUGAAGGAAGUGACAGAGGGUGGACCAGACCUCUUGAUGAACAUUCAGGCCAGUCUCCAGCCCACUCCCAUUGAUGAUGGAAUUAAAGGCUUCCAUAAGACACAUGGAGGUGGUGUUUCUGAAUCUACAAGAACUUUGGAGGAUCAGACAUCUCCUGGAGAUCGACACACCAGAGCUGUGGGCUUUGAGACUCGAUACACAGAGCUGAUGGUCAUUGGUCAGUACAGAAGGACCUACAGUGAAAGGCACCAUGAAUUGGAGAAGAUGGGGAGAACUCACGCAGAGCUAAUAGAGGAGCGGACAAAAGAGAAAUGUGAGCGAAUCUGGACUGAGCAGCUUUUUAGGAGGAGUCCUGGAAGUGAGACAGACCCACACAUUGUAGUGGUCAGUGGGGUGGCUGGAAUUGGGAAGACCACCAUGGUCCAGAAGAUCAUGUUUGACUGGGCCAGAGGCACUCAGUACCAGAGGUUUUCUUUUGUGUUCCUGUUUAAAUUCAGGGAGCUCAACCUACUAGACACAGAGACAGAACCACAGAUGCCUCUGACCAGGCUGAUUGAAAGGCACUAUAAACAUCUCAAUGACCCAAAGUUGAGAGAAAUCCUGCAGAAACCUGAAUCUCUCCUCUUUAUAUUUGAUGGACUGGAUGAGUACAAACACAAACUGGACUUCACACCCAGAAAGCUCCCCUCAGACCCAGUUGAGAGCUUCCCUGUGCACAUUCUGGUCUCCAACCUUGUCAGAAGGACAUUAAUGAAGGGCUGCACAGUUUUGAUCACAACCAGACCAACAGCCCUGGAGGCCUUGGACAUGGAGAGAGUUGAUCGAUUUGCAGAGAUCCUGGGGUUCUUCCCUGAACAAAGGCUGAUGUACUUUAAGAAGUUCUUUGGUGAUGCUGAUCAGGGCUCUGAGGCUUUUCAGUAUGUGGAGGAGAACGCCAUCCUGUACACCAUGUGCUUCAAUCCCUCGUACUGCUCGAUUAUCUGCUCUGUGCUGAAGAGCCACUUCAUGACCCCUGAAGAAGAGCGAGGAGCUGCCCCCAGAACUGUCACUGAGCUCUUUGUGAUGUUCCUACACAACAUCCUUACCAAUCACAAGCGAGAAGCCAAAGACCAGCGAGAGAUUUUGGUCAAACUGGGAAAGAUGGCUUAUUAUGGGGUGGUGAACAGGACUCUUGUGUUUUAUGACAAGUUUGAGAUGUCCACCUUUGGUCUCCGGCCAGUCCUGUCCUCUUCAUUCCUCUCAGGGUUCCUCAAAGAAAUCCUUCAGAGAGAAAGCACUCUGGAGCACACGACGUACACAUUCUACCAUCUCACCCUGCAGGAGUUCAUGGCCGCCUGCUCCUUCUACCUCAGUCCAUCAGGGGGCAUCGAGGAGCUGCUUGAGAAGUUGGACUCAUGUGAAGAUGCCCGGUUUGAGAUUCUCACUCGAUUUUUAGCAGGACUGGCCAGAUAUUCUGUGUUUAAAACACUGGGAGGAAUCCUGGGGGAGUUUGAGAGGAAGACAGCAAAGCGGAUACUAGAGUGGGUGAAGAAGAAAGCUAAGCUGGCAAUACGGGGACGAGAUAAAAGUGAAGCUCUGCGAGUGUGUCAGUGGCUCUAUGAGACUCAGAAUAAGAAAUUAAUCAGAGACGCCAUUGGGAAGGAUUUAAAGAUGGACUUUAGUCAGAUGACUUUAUCUCCUCUGGACUGUGCUGUGCUGAGCUCUGUCAUCAGCUGCUGUGGAGAACUUGAGGAGCUCAACCUGUCAAAGACACGUCUCACCUCAGAGUGCAUCAGGAGACUGGCACCAGGGCUCAUCUGCUGCAGACAUGUCAACCUGUGGUCAUGUCGUCUCACCUCCAGAUGUUGCUCAGCUCUCUCCUCAGCUCUUUUUGCUCCACACUCACGACUGACUGAACUGGACCUGAGCUGGAACAACAACAUGGAGGAUUCAGGAGUGGAUCAGCUGUGUGAGGGACUGAGGAGUGAAAACUGCAAAUUAGUGAAACUGAAGCUGUGGUCAUGUGGUCUUACCUCCAGAUGUUGCUCAGCUCUCUCCUCAGCUCUUUCUUCUCCACACUCACGACUGACUGAAAUGAAGUUGAGUGGCAACAACAUGGAGGACUCAGGAGUUGAUCAGCUGUGUGAGGGACUGAGGAGUGAAAACUGCAAAUUAGAGAAACUGAGCCUGACUGACUGUGGUCUCACCUCCAGAUGUUGCUCAGCUCUCUCCUCAGCUCUUUCUUCUCCACACUCACGACUGACUGAACUGAGCUUGAGCGGCAACAACAUGGAGGACUCAGGAGUGGAUCAGCUGUGUGAGGGACUGAGGAGUGAAAACUGCAAAUUAGAGAAACUGAACCUGACAUGGUGUCGUCUCACCUCCAGAUGUUGCUCAGCUCUCUCCUCAGCUCUUUCUUCUCCACACUCAAACCUGACUGAACUGAACUUGAGUGGUAACAACAUGGAGGAUUCAGGAGUGGAUCAGUUGUGUGAGGGGCUGAGGAGUGAAAACUGCAAAUUAGAGAAACUGAGCCUGUCUCAUUGUGGUCUCACCUCCAGAUGUUGCUCAGCUCUCUCCUCAGCUCUUUCUUCCUCACACUCACGACUGACUGAACUGAACCUGUGCAAAAACAGCAACAACAACAACAUGGAGGAUUCAGGAGUGGAUCAGCUGUGUGAGGGGCUGAGGAGUGAAAAAUGCAAAUUAGAGAAACUGAACCUGUCUCAAUGUCGUUUCACCUCCAGAUGUUGCUCAGCUCUCUACUCAGCUCUUUCUUCUCCACACUCACGACUGACUGAACUGAACCUGAGCAACAACAACAACAUGGAGGACUCAGGAGUGGAUCAGCUGUGUGAGGGGCUGAGGAGUGAAAACUGCAAAUUACGGAAACUGAACCUGUCUGAAUGUCGUCUCACCUCCAGAUGUUGCUCAGCUCUCUCCUCAACUCUUUCUGCUCCACACUCACGACUGACUGAACUGGACCUGAGCAACAACAACAUGGAGGAUUCAGGAGUGAAUCAGCUGUGUGAGGGGCUGAGGAGUGAAAACUGCAGAUUAGAGAAACUGAACCUGUCAGAUUGUGGUCUCACCUCCCGAUGUUGCUCAGCUCUCUCCUCAGUCCUUUCAUCACCAAACUCACAACUGACGGAACUGAAUCUGAGCAACAAGAACAACAUGGAGGAUUCAGGAGUGGAUCAGCUGUGUGAGGGGCUGAAGAGUGAAAACUGCAAAUUAGAGAAACUGAACCUGUCUUAUUGUUGUCUCACCUCCAGAUGUUGCUCAGCUCUCUCCUCAGCUCUUUCUGCUCCACACUCACGACUGACUGAACUGAACCUGAGCAGCAACAACAUGGAGGAUUCAGGAGUGGAUCAGCUGUGUGAGGGGCUGAGGAGUGAAAACUGCAAAUUAGAAAAACUAAACCUGAUUCAUUGUGGUCUCACCUCCAGAUGUUGCUCAGCUCUCUCCUCAGCUCUUUCUUCUCCACACUCACGACUGACUGAACUGAACCUGGUCAACACCAACAUGGAGGAUUCAGGAGUGGAUCAGCUGUGUGAGGGGCUGAGGAGUGAAAACUGCAAAUUAGAGAAACUGAACCUGUCUCGUUGUCGUCUCACCUCCAGAUGUUGCUCAGCUCUCUCUUCAGCUCUUUCUUCUCCACACUCACGACUGACUGAACUGAACCUGAGAAACAACAACAUGGAGGAUUCAGGAGUGGAUCAGCUGUGUGAGGGGCUGAGGAGUGAAAACUGCAAAUUAGAGAAACUGAACCUGCGCUCAUGUGGUCUCACCUCCAGAUGUUCCUCAUCUCUCUCUUCAGUCCUCUCUUCUCCACACUCACAGCUGACUGAACUGGACCUGAGCAGAAACAAACUGGGAGAUUCAGGAGCUCAUCAGCUGUGUGAGGGUCUGCGGACCCCAAACUGUAAAUUAAAGACACUUUGCCUGCACUCAUGUGAUCUCACCUCCAGAUGUUCCUCAUCUCUCUCCUCAGUCCUCUCUUCUCCACACUUAUGGCUGACUGAACUGAACCUGAGCAGAAACAGCCUGGGAGAUUCAGGAGCUCACCAGCUGUGUGAGGGUCUGCAGACCCCAAACUGUAAAUUAAAGACACUGAGCCUUUCUGAAUGUCAUCUAACCUCCAGAUGUUCCUCAUCUCUCUCCUCAGUCCUCUCUUCUCCACACUCACAGCUGACUGAACUGAACUUGAGCGGAAACAAACUGGGAGAUUCAGGAGCUCGUCAGCUGUGUGAGGGUCUGCGGACCCCAAACUGUAAAUUGGAGACACUGAGGCUGUUUGAUAAUGAGAUCAGUGAGAGUGAGGAGAAGAACCUGAGGUCACUAGAGGAGGAGCUGAACAGGACUGGACAGCAGACGUAUAUCUACACAUGAGAAGACUGGACAUGCUGAUCAACUGACCCCAGUGAUGGUGCCCCCCUGUCCACUCCCUCUGAAUUAUUUUCUUUAUUCUUUUAUAAUCUCCUCAGCUCUUCUCCACAUUUAAUAAACUCUCUAUGCGUUCUUCUCAGCCUGUGAGAACUCACUUGUGUUUUUCCACCCUAUCACCCUGAACUUGUCACUAAACUCCACAAGUUCAGAACAGAGACCUCUGAGUUUCACCAGCCAGAGAUUCACAGUGAGAAUAGUCCUCUGAAACCAGCUGGGGUCACAAAGCCCACUGAGGGGAGCUGCAGGAGCAAACAUGGGUGGACAGUCCAGUUGUAGGGUGAUGGAGAGUGUGGCCAAUAAUGACAUUGGUGACAAAUUCUGGACAGGCACCAGGCCAUCACAGGUCAAGCUGAUGGUCUUCUGAGCAGACACCUCACAAACCUGCUGCUCCUCAACAUCAUGUGGUGUUGUUUGAACCCGUGUCUGCUCCACUCCUUGUCCACUGCCUCAUUUGCACACAAUUCAUGUCAUCUUCUGUUUGUGACUGAACAGACUUUACCAUGUGCUGCUUUGGACUUCUGUGACACUUUAACACGCACACGGCUCAGGUCUCUGUCUUCUUUGUCAUUCCCUCAUUGUCACCUUACUGUCACCUCCACUUUUGUCCUCUUCAGAGAGCAGUGGCCUGAACAAGUGAGCCAUUUAACACUAGAAUUAUCAGAGCCUACGAAAAAACUUGGAGAUCCGUCCCACCUUAAAUCGCUUCGCACCUCUCCGUCAGUGUCCUUUGUCCUGUAAAUGUGUGGAUAAGCAGCAAACAGCAAGCAUCCUGCUUGCCAGUCAACAGUUGAAACCAUUCCUCCACCGAAGCAGUCAAAGUAAAUGUGUGUCAAUGUCACACUCUAAUGCAGGUUCUUUUUCUGCAGUUAUAUUUUUGAAUAAAAGCGCAUUUGUUCUGUUAUAUUUGUACCUUUUGUGACAGUGUUUCUUUGAUAUUUGGACUUCAGGCUUCACACAUUAUAAACUUCAUGUCUAGAUUUUGUCAAUUAUUACUAAAACAUGAAAAACGUUUUUGCUUUAACGAUGUGUUUACAUAGAUUGUUGUAGACAUGGAACACACACGAAAUGCAUGUGUUCCAAAUAACGAUACAGUAUUUAUACAAGGUGUCAUUUAGCUUGACUUCUCACACUAUACAACUCUAAGCAACUGACACGCAGGUAAACAGACUUGAGCUGAGAAAACUGCGCUGGUGGGGGAUGUGAUAGCAGGAUGCUUGCUGUUUGCUGCUUAUCGACAUAUUUACAGGACAAAAGAUGCUGACGGAGAGGUGAGAAGCGAUUUAAGGUGGGACGGAUCUACAAGUUUUUUCAUAGGCUCUGGUAAUUCUAGUGGUACAAAGAAAUGAGAGCAAAAGGACAAGACGAAGAGAACUCAGGCCUGCUGAUAUAGAAAGUGUGAGGGACUGGCAGCCCACCCAGGGUUGGCUUCAGUGCCCAAUGACUUUGAACUGGUCUGAAUGUGUUCAAGAAAUGGAGGGACUGAGGACACCAAACACAACUGAAAAAUAAGAUGAAGUGGAACUGGAAUGAGAGUGCAAUAACUGAUGGCCUGUAUGAGGGAGUGUGAGACCUCAGCGUGAAGGAGGACUUCACCAGGACAGCUGCACAAGAAGCAGAUUGUGGACAGAUGGACUUAAAGUGUGACACUCUACCAUUGUCUUCCUACUGCUUUAGUUAAUGAAGGUAUGAUGGACAUCUCCGGCACAUUCUCCAGUCCCAUGCAGCCCCAGACAAGGCCCCUCUCUUCCUGCUGUAUAACAUGUGAGGGCACCUUGUGCAGUGUGUGCUGAAGCAUUAAGAAGAAGACCCGUGAGCUGUCAUGGAGGACCAGCUUUAUCUUCUCAAUUUGCUCAUUUCUGCUCUUCUGCUUUAACUGCUGAGAUAAGCUGCACCUGCUGACACUUUGAACUGCUGGUGUCUUUUUGCAAAUUAACAUUUUACUUCAGUUUGCUCGACAUCGUCAUAUUCUUUGCAUUAAUUUGUUUAGAAUUUUCACAAGUAACCAGCUGACCAAACUAUAGUGAUUGUAUGAAUGUAGUAUUUGGUUUUCAAAAA